UCUAUUCUUACCUGGAUUUCUACCACUACUGUACAGACGUUUGUUUUUUUGCUUUUUAAGUGACCGCCAAUUUAGUUGGUAUGCCAGAAUUAUAUAAAGAGGGCCGGGUAGCCUGGCCUGGGGUAUUGUCCCGGUUUUCAAAGCUCAAGCGCCAUAAAAGAGUGAUAAGAACAAUGAUUUUCGCAAGUGUGGGGUUCCUCAUAUUAGUGCAACUCUAUCUCUUCCAAAGCACAAAUGCUUACACAGUACCCGUUGAAUUUGGGCAGAUGUUGGGAUAUCAUGGAAGGGAAAGUACAGGCUCGUACAGUCACAAACCAUUUUCCGAAUUAGAAUAUGAACAUUUGAAAAAAUAUGUCGAAACAAGCAAACCAAUUUUCAAUCAAUUGGUAGGGUCUACUCCGGGAUCAUUUUAUAAUCAAGAUGAUAACGUUGUAGGAACUACAGAAUUCCCCAAGUUCAAUCGAUACCAACAUCAGCCGUAUAUUUCUAAUGGAUACAUUGGUAGUAGAAUACCAAACUUGGGACACGGUUUCACCUAUGAUCAAUGGGAACAGCCUACCACUGAUAAUUUGAAUGGUUGGCCGUUAUUCAAUAAGAGAUACUCAGGGGCAUUUGUAGCUGGGUUUUAUGAUAUUCAGGAAAGAGUUAACUCUACAAAUUUCCCUGAAUUGUAUGAAAACGGUUAUGAGAGUAUAAUUUCAGCUAUUCCUCAAUGGACAACUCUCUCGCUUGAAGUUGAGUUUGAUGGGAAGAAGUAUGUUUUGGAUCCAGCUCUUUCGAACUCGGACCAAGGUAAAAUUACAAACUACACUCAGUCUUUAUCAUUACGUACUGGGGUUGUUUCAACGCUGUUCACUUGGUUGGACAAGCUCAGAGUAGAGUACAAGGUGAUUGCUCAUCGUAAGAAGAUUCAUAUUGGAGCUGUUCAUUUAAAGGUUGAGAAUUUAGAAAAAGAGGAUGAACUGAUGAGUAAAGAAGAUUUGGAUAAGAAGAAAAUAGUGGUUACUGUAUUGGAUGAAUUGGAUUUUAAUACGAGUCAAAGAUGCCAAUUGGUUCGAGUUGGUGAUGAGCAAGACACUCCUGGAAUCUUUAUAAAUUUCCAGCCACAUCAACUUGAUUAUGUCUUUGGAAGUGUGUAUUCUACACUCCGUGCGCCUAAUGAUACAAGACACUUUGAGAAGUCUGAUACAAAAGUUUCUCAAUCAUUUUCUUAUGGAAUUUUACCAGGAAAGGUAUUGGAUGUUAUCAAAUAUGCGGGGGUGGUGACCUCCGACAUUGAUCCAAAAACUUUAACAUCUGAAGAUUUGGUUAUUAAAAUGGCCAAAGACCAAGCUUUGAAUGCCUUGAAGGAAAAGCCUAGAAGAUUUUUCAAAUCUCAUGAUUUUGAAUGGUCGCAAAUUCUUGGUAAAUCCGUUAGCAUAUCCUUCCCAGAUGAUGAUCUUUUAACAUUAGCUGCAAGUGCGUCAGUGUACCACAUGGCUGCAAAUACUCGUGAAAACGCAGAGGGUGUCACUGCAGCACUUGGUGUUGGUGGACUUUCUUCUGACUCGUAUGGUGGGAUGGUCUUCUGGGAUACUGACUUGUGGAUGCAAAACGGUUUGUUACCAUUUGUACCAACUCAUGCUAAGAGUCUAUUAAAUUAUCGUCUUCAUACCCAUGAUCAAGCGAAAAAAAAUGUUCCUGCUGGUGAUUAUGGCGGUGCUGCAUAUCCGUGGACAAGUGGGAGGUUUGGUAAUUGCACCUCUACAGGACCAUGUAUUGAUUAUGAGUACCAUAUUAAUGUUGCUGUAUCAAUUGCGGCAUGGGAGCUAUUCCUCAGUGGAGCUGUUGAUGAAGAUUAUUUAGAAAAAGUGGCAUUCCCAUUGAUUUCAGAUGCUGCUGAAUUCCUCUCAAACUAUGUGGCGAAAUAUAAUGAAACAUUGGGCCAAUACAUCACAACUAAUCUUACUGAUCCAGAUGAAUUUGCCAAUCAUAUUGACAAUGGGGCAUACACAAAUGCGGGUAUUGCUGAGGUUGUGAAAUGGGCAGUUGAUAUAAGUGAACACUUGCAAAAAGGAUAUCCUGACAGAUACGAUGAUAUCUUGAGUAAAGGAAUGCAUCUCCCUACCUCGAAUAACAGUGACAGAAUAACUUUAGAGUAUACGGGAAUGAACUCUUCUGUGGAGAUAAAGCAAGCUGAUGUUAUUAUGAUCAGUUAUCCUCUUGGGAAUAAUGUAAUUGAUGAAGACCAAGCCUUUAUGAAUAUGAAGUACUAUUCUAUGAAACAAAUUAGUACUGGGCCUGCUAUGACAUUCCCCAUUUUCUCUAUAGUGGCUUCUCAAUUGGCCACAACAGGAUGUUCUUCUCAAUCUUAUCUUCACAAGGCUGUACAGCCAUAUUUGCGUGGUCCAUUUGCUCAAUUUCUGGAACAAAACAAUGACAAUUUUGAAAGUAAUGGAGAAACUCACCCAGCAUUUCCUUUCUUAACUGCUCAUGGUGGAUUUCUUCAAGCUGUACUUCAAGGGUUAACAGGUCUCCGUUUCGGCUAUGAAACUGAUGAUUUAUAUAGAAUUAAGCGGGUACUUAAUCUUGACCCUGUUGCUUUGCCCUGUUUUGGAGAAGGAGUUGAAUUCAAGGGCGUACAAUACCUUCAACAAAUACUUAAUUUGAAAAUUGAUAGCGAUAAGUUUGUCAUCAAACAUAUGGGCCCUGUCGGGAACAACAAAGCUAACCCUAUUGAUAUAUUAUUGGGCCUGAGAAAUCCUGAAGGAGGGAAAUAUACUUUGAAAUCAUAUGAUACGUUGGAAUUCCCACUUUUUACUCCAGAGGCCAAUAUAUACAAUAGUGUUUCUGAAUGUGGUGGAGCAGUACUAGCUAAUAUCACUGAAGGUGCAUUUGGAGAUACCCCAAUGAUGAUGAAUGAUGGAGAUAACUCUACCUUUUGGCAAGCGAGAUAUGCUCUGCAACCUGCCCAAGUUUUGGUGGAUUUGAAACAGCAGCGUAACUUGACUGGUGGUGUUUUAAACUGGGGUGAUAGACCUCCUCAGUCUUGGAAAUUAUACACUUACACUAAAAGAGCUAACUCACUUUCUGAUAUAUUAGAACAAAGCCUCGAUGACUCGUUCAAGGUUUUGUUAAAAUCCAAGGCAACUAUCACUGCUCCUUUUGAUCUUAAUGAAUUUAACGCUGUUGAAGUGGUUGAUAGAUUCAACACUUCCACUUUUUCAUUGGAAAUGCAGCCGGCAAGGUUUCUUAUGUUGGAAUUUGAGGGUGUUUUAGAUGAUGUCACACCUUCAAAACUUGGUGCUACGGUUAAUGAAAUUCUGUUGUUUGAUUAAAUAUUAGACUUAUACUUCUUAGAAUAACAAGGG